AUGGAAGCCCAUUUCGCAAAAUCGGUGCCAGUCCCUCUCAUCCUCCUGAGCCUCUUCCCAAUCAUUGUCUUCUGUUCCUUCACUACAGUUCGAUCCGACCACGAAUCAUCUACGAUGAUUAAUCUCCGGUUGCCCUCAGAUGCCACGUCCGCGGAUCGAUGCAGUGCACAAGUGGAGUCACCCUUGUCCCGCCCCAUGUGUCCGGUAAGCUGCUUUAGACCAGACCCGGUGUGUGGGGUGGACGGGGUUACCUACUGGUGUGGGUGCCAAGAGGCACAAUGUGCCGGUGUCAAAGUAGGAAAAUUAGGGUUUUGUGAAGUGGGCAACGGGGGGUCUGCCCCUCUCUCUGCUCAGGCGCUGCUUCUGGUUCACAUUGUUUGGCUGAUCGUCCUCGGCUUCGCGGUCCUUUUCGGGCUGUUCUGA